AGACAAUCUCCCGACAUCACUGGCUACUUCAGUGGGCAGCAUGAACACAAGUUUGAAUAAUGGAGGCGUCUAUCAGCAGUCAAACAACAUGCAUUUUUCACAAGCAAACAUGCAUGGUCUUCAUGGUAGCCAAGAAUUUCAACAAAACAGGUAUUACAAUAAUCCACAUAACCAAGAGGUGCAGAAUAUGGUCCAGUCUCAGUAUACAGGGCAGCAGAACAACAUGAUUCCAGAUAUCAUACUCACAGGUGCUGAUGAAAGUCUGUCUCGCCAGGAUUUUGCCAGGGAUAUAGGCACUGCUAUAGGUGGCAUGCCAGCAGACACUUUUGACUCUUCCGACUUUUUCCCAUCUGACGAAGCCCUUAAAGUAGGGCUAGAUCCACUAGAUUUUGAUGGGCUUCAAAUGCUGUCAGACCCAAAUAUGGUAGCAGCAGACCCAGACACAGAAAACCAAUUUAGAUUGGACAAAUUGGAUAACAGGGCAUAACAUGUCUGUGAGUUGUUCUAGGGAAAAAAUACUACCAAAAGGGUUGAUCGCUGAGGACUCUCUAUCUAGACAGAUCAUUCAAGGUCAGAGGCACGAUCAAAGGUCAAGGUCACAGCCUGGGGCAUUAAAGAUACCUGCCUAGAAUAUGCCAGGACCCCUGACUAAAUAUGGAAAAUAAACAUGCAGCAGAGUGGUCUGCAGAUCAGAAUCUCUGGGCCCUAAAGACAAGGACACAGGAGGCAGACGAGAUGAAUGGAUUCUUAGAAUGAUAUUCCAAUCUUCAGGACAUGAAUCAAAUUUCCAGAAUUCCAGAAUGAUGAAAUGUGAUGUGUUUUUGACAUCACUUGUUCAAUGAACUUUUUUUUCUAAUCAAAUAAUUGUUAAUGGUAGGACUUUGUCUUGCAUUUAUAGUAUACUACUUGUAGAGGGGGGGUUAAUGAUAGCUAGAGGCCAAGAAAACAAAUAGGCAUCAACUCAGUAACAACAGCAGUCUGAACAUUUGCUACAGUAUUCUGUCUGUUUGUACAGUGUACAUAAACAUAUAUAUUAUAUAUUUCAUCAUAACAUCAUUGCAUUUCAUUUCCUACUAUUUAUAAAAAUCUCACCAUAGGCAAGAAAAAUUACCAAGAAAUAACUGUCAUCUCAAAGUAUAGGACAGUGUUCACAUAAGUAGUAGAAAUUAGUAUAAAGGGGGAUGAUGGGGACAUAUAUUCUGUUUCAGGAAUGGUGACUUGCCCUUCAAGUGUGUGUCCUUCCUACCUAUGCUAGUUCAUAGCCGUGGGCUCCUAGCUCGGUGAUACACUGGUGUACAUAUUCUUGUGAAUGUAAGAUAUUCUACCAAGCAUGGUUUAACACAGCGGACUGUGCAGUGUUUCAAUUUCAAAAUCCUAUAUUGUUUAAAUUUUUUAUAUAAUGUAUACUUGUCUGUGUAUGUACGAUGGUGAGUAAAAGUGUAAGUGUCCAACUGCAUUGGUCCUGUGCAGUGAGUAGCUUAGUGUUUGUAUGAUAAAUGUCUGAUGUUUGUUACUCAGUGACCUAAGCUAUGGAUGACUCGCAUUUUCUACUGGUAAAUGUAAUUAAUAGUGCAGCUUAAGUGUUAAAAUGAGUGGUCCAUGAAAUGCUAAUAAAAGGCCCAGUGCUGACUUUGACUUCAGCAGUAAUUGUGAUAAAUUUUAAGUGUCAGUUUUGAAGAAAAAAGAUUUUAAAGUUUAUGCCAUAUUUUGAUUUGAAAUAACAUAGUUUGAUUAUUAAAGUAGUUUAUUAUGCCAAUAGACUAGCAAGUUCUUAACAUGUUGAAGCAACUCUAUGUGCAAUAGUGUGGUGAAUUCUAAGAUGGAGGAAAUCUAUUUCCAAUAAAUUACAUGCUGAAAUCAAGAGGACCUCAGUCCCUAAUUUAUAGGUAAUUUCACAUGGUAGCCAGAUGAAUUAACACUUUAAGUUAAAAUUCAAAACUGGUCCAUUAUGUGGUGCUGUAAUGUAGGAUUGAGUUUUUUUUCCUUUCUAGAAACGUCUAGAAUGUAACAUUGUAGCACUUAAAUUGCAUUUUAUUAGCCAAAUAUGGAUAUUUUGUUACUUACCUGUCCCAUAAGUAAAAUGGGAAACUUGAGACUUAGUGUUGUGUUGGAUUCAUGAAUAGAAUCUUAUGUGUUAUGGUAUUGUAUUUUGUAAAGCUCUAGCAAAUCCAGCGCACAUUUUAUUAUAUUUUUAAUACAAGCUUUUAAACUUGUGAUUUUAAGACUCCUCUUAGAUGCCUGCAUUUAUACGUAUUUGUAGUGAAAGGGGCUGUGCCCUUGAUGUAAACUACCUUCAGAUUUGGCAAUGCCAGGUUAAAG